CCGCCGCGCGCCCACACCCAACCUGCGCUGUCUGCUGUAGCGAGGCAGCGUAACCCUGCAGUGUAGGCACGACAUUGUCUUCUCAGUGCGGCUGCUUUGGGAGAUCUCUCCGGCCUCCGCAGCUAGGGACAACCGGGCUCUCUUGAUCUCUCCCCUGAGACGUCUUCCACCGUUCCCCUUGCUGGGGCUUGCGCUCUGCGGUGGCUGGCAUCAUCCAUGUAGGGUACUGUAAUUUUCUGUGCAUCAUCUGGCUGGAGAAUACGUCCGACUGGCACCAUGAGUAGCACUGUGUUCCAGCAGCAGGCAGUCCACGGCCCUCUGGAGCAGCAGAAACAGAAACCAAAGCCAGGGGGGGGGCCCAUCCCCUGUCAGAACUGUGGUAAGCCGUGCAAAGGGGAAGCACUGCGUGUCCAGAACAAACACUUCCACAUCAAGUGCUUUGCCUGUAAAGUAUGUGGUUGUGAAUUGGCCCAGGGGGGAUUCUUCGUGCGUCAGGGAGAAUACAUCUGUACUGGGGACUACCAGCAAUUGUAUGGGACUCGCUGCUUCAGCUGCCAGGACUUCAUUGAAGGGGAGGUGGUGUCCGCCCUGGGAAAGACCUAUCACCCCGGCUGCUUUGUCUGCGCCUACUGCAAACAGCCGUUCCCAGCCGGCGACCGAGUGACAUUUAAUGGAAAAGAGUGUAUCUGCCAAAAGUGUACCCAGCCUCUCGCUGCCAGCAGCCCUGCACCCAUACAGGCGGUCCACAACUGCUGCGGCUGUGGGAAGGAGUUUAAGAAUGAACAGUCUCUUGUAGCUCUGGAAAAGCACUGGCACCUGGGCUGCUUCAAGUGUAAAGUCUGCAACAAGGUGCUCAAUGCCGAGUACAUCAGCAAGGAUGGAAUCCCCUUCUGUGAGAUGGACUACCACGCCAUGUUUGGGAUCAUGUGUGAGAGCUGCAAGAAGUAUAUCACUGGAAAAGUCCUGGAGGCUGGAGAGAAGCACUACCACCCCACAUGUGCCCGCUGCGCCCGCUGUGAGCAGAUGUUUGCAGAGGGAGAAGAAAUGUACCUGCAAGGAUCUUCUAUCUGGCAUCCACCAUGCAGACAAGCAGCCAAGCAGGAGGAGAAGAGUAAGAAGCAGGUCCGGAUACAGCUCAAUGACAUCCCUGAGCAGCAGGUAACCAGGACUUCUUCUGAGAGCAUAACUUCAGUCCCAGCAUCCAGCGCCUCAGGCUCUCCCAGCAGAGUUAUCUAUGCCAAAUUGGGAGAGGAGAUGCUGGACUACAAGGACCUGGCAGCCUUGCCAAAGACCAAGGCCAUCUAUAACAUAGACAGGCCCGACAUGCUGUCCUACUCUCCAUAUGUCAGCUACCCGUCUGAGGAGAGGCACUACGGAGAGUCCCCCCAGCUGCUUUCUCCUACCCCUACUGAGGGCGAUGGAGAGAAGUCACCCCGUCAGCGGAGGCCCUCCAGCCCCAGCUCUAACAGCUCCUUGGGAGGCUGUGGACGUUACACCCCCUGCCGUUCCCCACAGAAUUAUAGCCGGCCAGGGCCAGAGUUGUACCUUGGUGGUAGACACAGCAGCCAUGCCCAUGAUUCCAGUUCUCUUCCUUUGCCUCCAACCCAGAUGGGUGAAAAUAAGUACCCGUCCACCAGUGCCAGGGAACCAUCUUCCCUUCCUGGUUGCUGUACUUCUGGGGCGGAAGGGAGUGGUGUGGGUGAUGGUGAUGGUGUAGGUUUUGUCAAGUACUCGCCCACACCAGUAGCUGGCAGUGUAGGCUUGUCUUUUCACCUGAACCCCACCACCCUGGCCAUGCUGCAGCAGCACAACUAUAUCCCUUACUUCAGAGGUAGUGAAAGUGGUCGGAGUACCCCCAGCUUAUCCACCUAUUCUGAUGGCAAAUCCCCUUCCUCUACAUAUGUGGCUGCUCCCCGGCAUUUCCACGUACCAGAGACUCUGGUCAAAGAUAAUAUCUAUAGAAAACCCCCCAUCUACAAACAGCAUGCUUCUAGAACGUCCUGGCAGGAUGGGGAGGAUAUCAAGAGGACCAGUUGGAUGAUCUUGAAAAGUGAGAUUGAUGGACGGAUGUGUCCAGAAGACCUAGACCCCAGCAAAUCCACCAGCAGUCUGCCUACUGACACCUCCCAGCCUAAUUUCCCCUACAACAAGUCUGCAUCCUUACCUGGCUAUGGAAGGAAUGUCAUCUAUAAGGCUACUGAGAUGGGGGAUGAUGAAGUGGACCCAGACUCCCAGAGCUGGGGAGGCAUGAGAGAAUACAAGAUCUACCCUUAUGAAAUGCUGGCAGUGACGCAUAGAGUGAAGGUGAAGCUUCCCAGAGAAGCAGAUCGCACCAGACUGGAGAGGCACCUAUCUCCUGCGGACUUUCAGCAGGUUUUUGGCAUGACCCUGGAUCAGUUUGACCGCCUGGCACUCUGGAAAAAGAACGAUAUGAAGAAAAAGGCCCGCCUUUUUUAGACCGGGGGAAACAAGCAUCUCAGCAAGCAUCCAUUCUCUGAAUGAGGAGGAAGCAUAAAAGAACCACCCCAACUGAAUAUCUAUAUAUGCAGCACCAUGAUAGCCCUGCUCUCCACUUGUACAACGCAAUGUCAUCUGCCUGUGAUACCAAGGAGGGGCGCUCUGUGCGGGAACAUUUUCACGACAUUGAGGCCGCUUCUUGAGCUUUUUGUAUGCAAUGUGUUGCCUGAAUGUCUAACGACCUUUCAGAAGAGGAUGAGGAGCUGCGUUUGCAUGGCCGGUGUUGAUCCUCCUCGCCUCCCACAAGGUUUCUGCAACCUCCGCUGCCCAUCUUGGCACUUUCAUAAACCCAAGCAAAAUAAAUACUGAUUACAAAAAAGUAUUGUGCAGGGCUUCCCCCUGUUUGAUGUGCACCAUCUUCUGCUCACUGAAUUUCGAUUAAUCUUACGUUACCUGCUUAUUUCUUAAGUAUUCAUUCUUAAAUUUAUUUGUCAUCUCUUUGCAGCUGUACUCUCUCUCGCUAUCUCUCCAUCAUUAUAAUUUUUUCUCAGAGACUAGACAUAUGCAGAGACUAUUAAAUUGUAAAAACGGUUCAUUUUGACAUCUCUACCAUUAAACAGUAAAGAAACUACUUUAUCGGACUGUACUCACUGAUAAAGCACGCCAAGGGCAAAGACAGAGAUGAGAAACAACUUCUCAAUCCGAAAUGUUGAGAAAGACUGGGAAGCUCAUCGUGAUAUGCAGUCCCGUAUCUUACACAAGCAUCUCAUAUAUCAGCAGAUAGGAGAACCAUGGCUAGACAGCGGCCUCAACCGGGCAGUGAAUAACAGAUAGGAGGAGUGUUUAAGAGGGGCCCUUCAGAAAACAUACAGUACAGGGUCAUGGUUUUAGGGAGUGAAAAUGUGUUAAACAUGUAGGAUUGCCUGAAUCACAUGCCCUCACAUCAAAGAAACAAAUACAAUUAUUUUUAUAAGCUAUUUUUGACUUCUGGGAAGGAUCUUAAAUAAAAUAAUGACACACAGGUGAGAGAAGUCAUCAUUCUGAUACCAGAAAAAAGACCCAUGCUGAGUUUGCAAAGCUUCACAGACCUGCAGCCUAACAAGUAGGGUCUUACUUGAUUUAAAACUCAUUCUUCUCGCUGUGUAAUACCUUCUUGGAUUGAGAUUGAACUUCUCAUAUGUUGUUUGAAUGCAUUAUUGCAAAUUGUGAAAUCUUCAUAUUUAAAUCCAUAAACGUAAUGAUUUCUGGACCGUUCGUCAAUCAACUUUUCAACUAACAUACUGCAAGAUGAUCAAGGAACGUAUACUGGACAUAUAUCGGCUAUAUUUGUCUGUCAUGGUGUAUAACUAUUUGAGCAUGCAUGAGGAUUGAGGUGUGUUCACUGCCCUCCGAUUAGAAAUGUAUGAAAACAUUGUCAUCACUGUAGUUUGACUUGAUUGAUACAUUUCAACCAGAAAAUAAACAAAUGAAAUGCCCGGUUACUGCUUACCUCUGUAAGGACUAUUUAAUUGCAUUGAAGAAAGGAUUAUAUUUUGAAACCUUAAGGGUUUAGUGUUGAAUAAAUUGUCUCAUAGAGUAAAGCGAUUUGGAAGAGAAUGACCCAGUCUCACAGCAAAACGUAUAACAGCUACGUUGGACCAAUUGUCACUCUUUCUCCCCAAAAUUGUGACAAUACUACGUUUUAUUUGGCCUAUUCAUUUACAUUGCCUUGCUACUACGUCACUAGAAACUAAUAAACGGAAGGUCUUCUACAUUCUCUGAUACAAGAUUAUGAAAAUAUAACGCAUACGUCUUGCUAGAAAUGUGAUCGAAAUGCAUACAAAUGCUGAUGCCUUUUUAAAAUAUUUUUUUUUCGCAGAUAAUAGACUGACUGUCCGCCAAUUUCUUUUUUUAGCUGAGGGAAACUUGAUAGUCACGUGACCUCGUUGCACAUAAAAUGUUGUAUUGUCACGCUUUCUCCCCAAAAGCGUGACAAUACCACGUUGGUCCAACGUAGCUAUUACACGUCUUGCUGUGAGACUUGGUUGAAAAGAACCAUAUUAAAUCUUGAGUUUGUGUCAAAUAUUGUUUUUUCCCGAAAAUAACACACUAACUGUUGUCAUGUCCUCUUUAUAAUAUCCAUCCACUAUUAAAGUGCUUUAUCCAAACUACAGAGUCACUAUGAGUUGGAGUGUUUGAGUUACAUGAAGUAAAAAUUAUCAGAAUGACAAUAGGUUUAGUGUUACAUAUAUUUUCAUCUUAUGGUUUUGAUGCAAUUGAGAAUGAAGAUCAUUCCAAUAUGUUGUUCUAAUGGUGAAAGAGGAAAGCUCAUCUUAGGCUAGAUUGUUUCUGUAUAUGUGAGCAUGCCCCAAUGGUUUAUCGCAGUGGUUAUCAAAGUUUUUCUGUCAGGGCCUCCUUUAACUAUAUAGUGACAUUGUAAGACACCCAACCGCAUCCCAAAAAAUAUUUGUAAAAUACGUACAUCACUUUACUUUUCCACUUAAGUUUUAUUAAAUUCUGUGAACAUAUUUUGGAGCAGUCCAGAUUUAACAAGAAGUUUCGUCAAAACAUUUUUUUCACCGUGUCUUUUUUGAUGUCAUUGGCUUUUUUUUUUUUGAAACAAUGUGGAAGUAUGACUUAUUUUACUGGUGCAACUCCUAUUUUAACCAUUGGCUUCUUCUAAACAUGUGUCAGGCUAUUUCUGUCUUAAAUGUUGCACUUUAAAGAUGUUGCUAUGCUCCUAUUUUUGCAAUUGUUUUAGGUGAACACAGUGUGAUGAAUGAAAUCCAGGUAAUACAACUUUGUUUAAUGUUCAGAGAGUGUGUAUAAGGUUACAAAAGAGCUAUUUCAAACAUGUUUUUACUAAACUAAAUAUACAUUGACUGUUUAACGCUGAGCACACAAGUAAAUGAAUACUGUGAGGACCCAUAAAGGGCGAACAAAAUAAACCCUGAGAUUCCCAUCAAAAUCACCCAACCAUG